GUGUACAUGAUUUCCGGAAAGAUUUCAACAAUGCAAAGAAACCUAAUGGCUGAGAGCAGCCUCGCCCCAACGCAUUAUUUCGACAUGUGGCAUGACUAUAUGAACCUAGGGAGGCUGCUGGAGAAACUUUGUGACGUCGCAGAUCGGACAGCGACCACCUGUACCCAGCUAAAGGAGCACGUGCCGGACGCAGAAGACCACCAGACCGGUCGCCAGGAGCAACAAUGGUUUCGUCUGAAUUCGAUCGGGACUGAGAGUCUAAGUUCUGCAAGCAGCAUUUCAGGCAACACGAGCCACAGCCUGGGUUCCGGUGAUUACUGCGGCUUCUGCAAGCAAAAUGGAGAAACGGUGGAGAUCUACCGGAGCCACAAACUGAAAUCCAAAGACAGCAAAGUCAUCUGUCCCAUUCUGAGGAGCUACAUUUGUCCUAUGUGUGGCGGCACCGGAGACAAAGCUCACACGCGCCGGUACUGCCCACAGCGCAAUGGCGUGGUGCCGAAAUACCGGGGGACUGUGGAGUAGAAAACAGGAGGAAAAUCAAUCUGUACAUAUUUAUGGAGAAAAUAUAUCCAACGUUCUUGUUCAG